UAUGGGUGCAUCUCAAUCUCUAUGGCAAUUGGGUCCCAGUGUCAUCUGCCUAUAAACCUAGAUAUAGAGAUAUAAAGCAACUAGCACCUCCUCAUGACGGGAACACAACUUCUGUGGUUGGCGCCAGAACCAGUUGCUCGAGACCUUCCAAAAUUCUAAAAAAAUUUCUAUGCUAAUAUCUGGAUUAUUGACUGAGAGAUCCCCCAGACCUUGGAGAUAUUAUACAGAAUUGAGCUCUAAUAUAUAUAUAUAUAUAUAUAUAUAUAUAUAUAUAUAUAUAUAUAUACAAGGUCCACAGUCUUCAAGCCUAAAUUUAUAUAAUAGUUCUAAGUGUAAAAAGUGUGAAGCAAGGACUGCGGGACGAAGCCAAGAUUUGGAGAAGACGGAGAAGUGACCUAAUAUCCAUUUGAAGACCAAGUCGCAGAUACAUCUUCCCUUGGUAAGCUGUAGGAUGUGUUUGGAGCCAUAUGGGGAGUCACAGGCUUCGUGUCAUGAUCGUCUCUACUCUGUUCUAUAUCUGUUUACUGCGCUAUUCAUUAGCAUCAUCCUGUGAGAAGACAGUUAUUACCCAGCAUCCCUCUGAGGUUGAGGCAAAGGAAGGAGAUACUGUAAAGUUCACUUGUAUUAUAGAAGAAAAGUAUAAUGUUAGUACGUUAUUUGUCAAGAAGGAUCAGUAUAAUGUGAUGAUAAGAAACGUAUCCGACUACAGUGAUAGAGAGGAGAACAUCGUCUUCAGUGGAACAAAUCACAAAUUUACAAUAUCGGUCACAGUAAGAAAUAAGACGGACUCCAACACUUACUACUGUGAGGCCGGAUUGUAUGGACAACCUUCUAGGAUCUGCGGAGCGGGGACAUUUAUCAAGGUGCCAGUCACUGAAACUGAAUCUACAAAUGGAUAUGUCAUCGCUGCGGUGAUUGUGGGGGCUUUGAUUCUGGUUGUCAUUGUAGUUUGCGUAUAUCGCAGAAUGAGGCAGCAGUAGAAACACGAUGUGGAUAAUAAAGAUUGUGAAGAUGAACCAGAAGACGUAUUAUCCUGGCCCCCUGAUUUAUCCAGAUGACUGAUGUUUUUCUCCUAUGCUUCUUUAUAUGUCAUUGCUGCCUCUAUAUGUCUAUAUUGCUGCCUCUAUAUGUCUAUAUGUAUUGUAGGCCCAAAAAUGAAUCACUAUGUUUAAUAGAAUAAUAGCAUGAUGUGUCUACCAUGUUGUAUGUUCUAAAUAGACCACAGUGUAUUCUAAAGUUUGAUCUCUACAAAAAGUGCCAGUCUGAGAGAAUACUUGUUGUCUCUUUAGAUAUUUAUGGCUGUUUAGAUAAGACAGAUAAGAGGGCUUGUUACCCAGUCUUGUGAAUGUUAUUCUAACAAUUAUUUACCUAGACUAGACACAGAGAGAUUGUGAAAGAGUCCUCCUUGGUAUUCUUAUCUCUCCAAUAAAUUUGGAUGUCUAGGUAGGCCCCAAGAUGUCUAUGAGAAUCCAGGUUUUAAUUACUUGUAUAUGUCAAAAAUAAUCCCUGAAUUUUUAAUUAUGGCUCUAUACAUCAAGUGUGGAAUGUGGGUUUAAGACCAGUUCUUGACAGUUAACCCUUAAUGGUAAUGAGGCUAAUUGUUUAUGCAAUAGGACCCCCUAGUGUAUGGGUAGUUGACAUUACACCGACAGGAAAGACAUUAUGGGUGAUAUGCUCAAUGCAUUCUGGGUAUUAUAGUGAUGUCAUAGUCAUUACCAUAUGUACACGCCCAACCUACAUUCAUUGGGGAAUUCCAAUUUAGGAGGGUGUGUAUAACUAAUUAAAAAGUCUGGUAAACAAGAUGUGGGGGACUGGAGAGAAAGACAAAGACACCUAGGGAAAAAGAAAGACAAAGAACUCUCUCCCACACAAAGGAAAGAGGUCCAACAAGGUUAAAAAGCCAUGUGAGAUCCCAGCAAGCCGGACUGAUCACACGGUACCAGACCAAUGGCUAUCCAUGAUGAUGAGAAGGACCGUUCAAUAAAAUAAUUAAUUAUUUCCAUAUUAAGAUUAUAGUAUGAGGAUAUUGUGAGACUUCAUUCUACCUGGAAAAGAAUCAAGACUCGUAAUCUAUGAAAGCAUUAAACAAUUGCUUAGACAUAUUGAUAGAAUUCCUAUUCGCCAAGCUAAGUGUUAUAAGUAUAUUUCCCACACAGGAAACUUCUUUCAAGUUCUUCCUCCUAAAAUAUAGUCUAGCUAGAUCAUAAAACUCUGCAAUUUGUCU